CCUCACCAGCUCGCUGCAACCUCAGUUGUCCCUCGUCAAAAAAAAAUCUAGUGUUUGGUUGUAAGCGCAACGACGCCCCGCUCAAGAUAAUCAAAAAUCCCAACUCAACCCCGCUUCUACCGCUUGAACCCAAGACCCAAAAAACAUCACCCCAAAUCCUCUCCCGAGCACACCCCGCGCCCCGCGCGCCAGAACAAUCAUGGCGAGUAUAUCAACAACUCAGAUCCCCCACCACGUUACCGCCCUCCUCUCCCACCUCACCUCCCGCCCCGGCGUGCAAUCCACCUUCAUUCUCUCGCGCAAGGACGGGUCUAUUAUCCAGAGCACGGGGCUGUAUGCUUCAUCUUCGUCAGGUCGGCGGUCGAGUGGGAGGGGUUCGGGGGAUGGUUCGUCGGGGGAGAGCAGCA